AUGUCUGCCAUUGGGUCAUUGAUCUUCUGCAAUGACUGUGGAAAUUUGUUAGAUGAGUCCUCUGGUGACCCUACAAAAGUCAUCGUCUGCAGUAUCUGCGGAGCUCGAAAUCAAGAUAUUGUCCCUAAAACCAUCGUCUCUGAAUCCAAGCCCAGUGCUUUCCCAUCCACCCUAAGAGCGAAAAGAUCUGCCGUCCAAAAUUUGACGGCUGCGGAUAAAAGGACAGAAGCCCUCACACAACAUACUUGCGCGAGAUGUGGCAGGAAAGAGAUGUACUUCACAACUGUGCAACUGCGUAGUGCAGACGAAGGCAGCACAGUCUUCUAUACUUGCGUUUGCGGUUACAAGGAGACACAAAACAACUAA